AUGACAUUUGGCGCAUGCUGUUCGCCAAGCAGCGCUCAAUUCGCAAAAAAUUUAAACGCGGAGCGAUUUAAACCCGAGUUUCCGACAGCGUACGAAGCUAUAACGAAAUCACACUAUGUUGAUGAUAUGCUAAUAAGUGUCGCGUCCGAGGAAGAGGCGAUUCGAGUAGCUAAAGACGUUAAACACGUGCACGCACAAGGUGGAUUUGAGAUAAGGAACUGGCUCAGUAAUUCACGAGCAGUUACCACAGCGCUACAUGAAGAGAGACAAGUAGAAAAAUGUCUGGAUUUGUCCUCGGAAUUAUCUGCCGAAAAAGUUUUGGGGAUGUGGUGGAACACAACUUUAGAUUUUUUCACCUUUAAAAUUGGUUGGACGCGCUACGAUGCGACACUACUGAAAGGAACAAAACGUCCCACCAAACGAGAAGUGUUACGAAUUCUGAUGUCCAUAUACGACCCGCUCGGGUUGAUCGCCCAUUUUCUUUCUUACUUGAAGUUUCUGCUGCAGGAAAUUUGGCGAUCCGGCGUCGAUUGGGACGAAGAGAUAAACGACGACGCAGUCACUAAAUGGCAGGGAUGGCUGAACGUGCUGCCACAAGUCGAGAAUGUCAAAAUUGCCCGAUGUUACUUCCCCAGUUUUCCAGUUAGCGAGGCCGAUGAAAUUCAGCUACAUACGUUAGUUGAUGCAGGGAAAAAUGGAAUGGCAGCCGUUUCGUUUCUGCGAACUAUCAAAGACGGAAAGAUUCACUGCUCACUUGUCGCUUCCAAGACGAAGGUAGCACCUUUGAAGCUCACGUCCGUUCCUCGUCUUGAACUACAUGCGGCAGUAAUUGGAACACGACUAUCACUAACACUUCUAGAUACGCUGUCGAUAGGUAUCACGAAAAAAUUCUACUGGUCGGACUCCAGAGAUGUUCUUUGCUGGAUUAACUCCGACCAUCGCCGGUACAGCCAAUUCGUUGGCUUCAAAGUAACCGAAAUCUUGGAAGCUACAGAAGCAAGCGAAUGGCGCUAUGUGCCAAGUAAAUUAAACGUUGCUGAUGACGCUACAAAAUGGGCUGGGUGCCCUGACUUAUCCGCUGAAAGCAGAUGGCUAAAUGGGCCGGAUUUUCUCUGGACAACGACAGACGCAUGGCCACAAAUAUCGAUACGCAAUGAUUCCACUAACGUUGAGCUCACGGCAAACUGCCUCAUCCACUGCACCAUUCCAGAGCCAUUCAUCAAGGUUGAAAAUUUUUCCAGCUGGAACCACCUUAAAAGAGUAUCAGCUUGGGUACUACGGUUUCCCACUAACUGUCGUUCCAAGCGCUGA